UUUCAAAUUUUCAAUCUAUUAGUAUGUCAAUUUAUUUAGUAGUGGUUAGGUCUUAGCCUCUUUGGUCUAAUUGGGGUUCAUAGGUCUAGUCUAAGUAAAACCGCAUCCUCUACUGAGACUGCGAGAAAGAACGAAAUCAACCAAAAAAAGAAAACAAUGGAAACUCAAGCGGAUAGCAAUUCCGGCGACGACAUAACCGCCAUCAAAGAGCUUCGCCAACAGCUCGAAGCUCGCAUCGAAACUCGCCACAAAGAGCAACAAGAUCUCAUUGCCUCACUCCAAACCCUAGUUCCCGACCUCGUUUCCUCUCUCAAUCUCUCUCUUCAAGUUAUCUCCACCAUCAACCACCGCCCUUUCACUCCUCUCUCUCCUCCUCCCAACCCUAACCCUACCACGCCUCGUCCCCUCCUCCUCAAGAAACACCCUCUCGAUAAUCGCGCCAAACCGCUGCCUCCGUCAAAGCGGGUUGCGAAACCGGAACCUCCAUCUCGCAGGGAAGAUGGUGCUACCGGAAGUCCGUUAUCGGUGGUUCGGUCAAUGGUUGCGCGGUGUUUGCUGGAGAGGAAACCGUGGGACGCGAUUGACUCGUCGACGGUGCUUCGGAAAUUGGAGAAUUGUCCGAAUGUGACGGCGGUGGAGAAGGCGGCGCUUCGCGAUGUUGGUGGCGAAUCUGGAGAUAUUUUUGCUGUGGAGACGGCGUUGCGAUCGUUGGCGGAGGAUAAUAGAGGUGUUGAGUUGGAUGAGUUUGGGGUGAGCGGGAAAUCUGGGGUCAUGGUCAUGAAUAUUGACAGUACCAGGCUUGCUAAAGAGUUGCCGGGGAGUGUUGAUACUGCUGAUGCGAACAAGGUUGUGGUUAGUGAUGGUCCUGGCGACGGCGGGGAGGAGGCUGGGUUGGGUUUCAGGACAAUGCACAGGCCUGGUAUGCCGGAAAUGUGGCCUGGAGAUCCUCAUAUGCAGGGUAUGCCACCGAUGUUUCCAGGCCCGAUGAUGGGCCAUAGAGGUGGUGGUCCUAGGGGAAUGGGAAUGAUGGGGAUGCAUAGAGGGAUGGGUGUGCCGCCCCAGCACAGGCCGCCUUUCGGGCCAAAUACACCAAUGGGCGGGUCAAAUUCCGGUGUGCCUGUCAAACAAGUAUCAGAGGAGGAGGUAAUGAAGGAUCUUGAGGUUCUAUUGAAUAAGAAGUCUUUUAAGGAAAUGCAGAAGUCUAAGACUGGAGAGGAGCUCCUAGAUCUCAUUCACCGCCCUACUGCAAAAGAAACAGCCGUGGCUGCAAAGUUUAAGACAAAAGGUGGGCCUCAACUUAAGGAGUACUGUGCUUCUUUGACGAAAGAGGACUGUCGACAAAAGGCUGGAUCAUACAUUGCAUGUGAAAAGGUUCAUUUCAGGCGAAUAAUUGCCCUACAUACAGAUAUCAAUUUGGGAGAUUGCUCUUUUCUUGAUACAUGCCGACACAUGAAGACAUGCAAAUAUGUUCACUAUGAGCUUGACCCGACUCCAGAUGUGCCACCAAUGAUGAUGGGGACUUCGUCUCUUCCUCUGUCCAAGCCAUUAAAGGCUCAGAGAGCACAUUAUUGUUCACCAGCAGAACUUGGUGCAGCACAGUGGAUUAAUUGUGAUAUCCGGAAUUUUAGAAUGGACAUCUUGGGACAAUUUGGAGUUAUAAUGGCUGAUCCACCCUGGGAUAUUCAUAUGGAAUUGCCAUAUGGGACAAUGGCUGAUGAUGAAAUGCGUACUCUUAAUGUUCCUGCAUUGCAGACUGAUGGUCUGAUCUUCUUAUGGGUCACUGGACGUGCAAUGGAACUUGGUCGUGAAUGUUUGGAGCUGUGGGGUUAUAAACGUGUUGAAGAGAUCAUUUGGGUGAAGACCAAUCAACUUCAGAGAAUUAUUAGAACGGGCCGCACAGGACAUUGGCUUAAUCACAGCAAGGAACAUUGCCUCGUUGGCAUCAAAGGAAAUCCCGAGGUGAAUAGGAACAUCGACACUGAUGUACUUGUGGCAGAAGUUCGGGAGACUAGUCGAAAACCAGAUGAGAUGUAUCCAUUACUUGAGAGGAUAAGUCCAAGAACAAGGAAACUGGAACUCUUUGCUCGCAUGCAUAAUACUCAUUCAGGGUGGUUGUCAAUGGGAAAUCAACUGAGUGGAAAUCGGUUGGUAGAUGAAGGACUAAGAGCCAGGUUUAAAGCUUCAUAUCCAGAAGUUGAGAUUGAACCACUAUCACCUCCAAGAAUCUCCACUAUGGAUGUAGACCCAACUGGUAAUCAACCAAGAACUCCAAUUUCAGGUCCUGAAACUACACCCGUGCCACAAUCCUCCUUUACUCAGGCUGCAGUUACAGAAGCGGCUAAUGUUUCCGAAGAAAAGCCUCUGAUUAUUAGUAAAGAUGUUGAGAUGGUAAAAGCUGAGUAGUUUCAUCCUCUGUUUUCAGUAGUUUGAGCAUCCAGAUGAGUUAUAAGGUAGGAUUUAGACAGUAGAGAUGGUUUGUGAUCACUAAAAAUAUUAGGAGAAACAGGUUGAUGCCUAGUAAUUUAGAAAUUAGUGGCUUUUUGGUUAAACUUUUCAGGAUCCUUCCUCAAGUAACUCCUCAUCUUUUCCAUCAGCCUUUUGAGUUGUAAACUGCAUUAUAAUGAUUAAGCUAUACUUCGUAUAUAAUGAGAUGAUGUAUGUUAGUUAAAUCUUUAAAACUUUUGUCUUAAUGGACUGGUGAAUUCUAUUUUGUU